AUGAAAUUGUAUCGAUUAAGCAUAGCACAUGAACACACCAUAAAGACGGAAAAUGCUGCAGUUAGCAGACAACUUAAAACAUUUCUAUCAAUGUGUUUACUUCAUCAUGAAAAAUCAGCCUCAGUUGAUUUGAUGACAAAAGCAAACAACAAACUCGUCUGUCAUUUUGAUGAAGUUUAA